AUGUUAGCGGUGGGGCAGAUGGAUGCUAAUCGCCAGAGCGCGUUCGUCCUCAGCAGUACGCCGCUGGCCGCGCUGCACAACAUGGCCGAGAUGAAGACCUCCCUCUUCCCCUACGCCCUGCAGAACCCCUCCAGCUUCAAGGCGCCGGCCCUGGGCGGGCUCAAUACGCAGCUCCCCUUGGGGACGCCGCACGGAAUAAGCGACAUCCUGGGGCGGCCCGUGGGCUCCGCCAGCAACCUGCUGGGCGGGCUGCCCCGCAUCAACGGGCUGGCGGCCUCGGCGGGGAUGUACUUCAACCCCGCCGCCGUCUCCCGCUACCCGAAGCCGCUGGCGGAGCUGCCGGGGCGGCCGCCCAUCUUCUGGCCGGGAGUGGUGCAGGGCUCUCCUUGGAGAGACCCCCGGCUCGCCUGUCCCGCUCAGACGGGGAUGGUUUUGGACAAGGACGGCAAGAAGAAACACUCGCGGCCGACUUUCUCCGGGCAGCAGAUUUUUGCUUUGGAGAAAACCUUCGAACAGACGAAGUACUUGGCCGGACCGGAGCGGGCCCGUCUCGCCUAUUCCCUCGGGAUGACCGAGAGCCAGGUGAAGGUCUGGUUCCAGAACAGAAGGACCAAGUGGCGGAAGCGGCACGCGGCGGAAAUGGCCUCGGCGAAGAAGAAGCACGACUCGGAGACGGAGAAGCUGAAGGAGAGCUCAGACAAUGAGGAUGACGAGGAGUACAACAAGCCCCUGGACCCCAACUCCGACGACGAAAAAAUCACGCGGCUACUGAAGAAGCACAAACCCACGGCCCUGUCCCUGGUGAGCCCCUGCAGCACCAGCUCGGACACCUUGUGAGGGCCCUGGCUGCGGUGGCAUGGCAGAGCGGGGUGUUGUACAGCCCAAGAUGUAUGUGAGAUGUAUAUAUUUUUUACAGAAUAAGUUAUGAAAUUAUUUUCUCUCUCAUCGGUGUAAAUUUCAGAGGAAUUUUUCCAACGUUUUUGGGUUUUGUUUUGUGUCCCGUUGAGGUUUGCUCCUCUUCUUUUCACCUUCUUGCUGAUUUCCUGCUCCUAACAAUCAGAUUUUGUUACGUUUUGUAUGGGUCACCAAAUCCGAGCUCAGCCGCUUUGUAUAUAGUAAAUUCCAGAUUUUGUGAUGUAUAUUUCUAGUGUAAAAAAUGGCUGUUUUCUUUCAAUCCCUCCCUCUACUCUGUGUUUUGGCGGUUUGGUUUCUCCUGCCUCCGGAUUUUAUGCUUAAUAAUAUCAAAAGAGAGAAAACAACCCAAAAAAAGCACGAGAGGAAAACGGACACUUGAUUUUACAUUGGGAUCAAAUAAUGUCUCCACGCGGGUUGGAAAGACUUUGUAUAAAUCAAUAAAUUAUUUAACAAGCUUCUCCUU